AUGGCGAAUUCUAUUGUUCUUGCCGUCUCUUCUCUUUUUGUCCUUUCAAUUCUCUUCUCGAAUGGCGAUGCAGCUUCCCCAAACGACGUCGUUUCCACUAUCUGCCCAAAAACUAGAAACCCUUCUUUUUGCUCAAACGUGUUGAAAUCUGCUGGCACGUCAGACCUCAAAGGGCUGGCCACCUUCACCCUCAACCUCGCCCAUGACAAGGUUACUGAAAGUCGUGCCCUUGCGCAGUCCCUGGCGUCCAAGGCCGCCGAUCCCAAGCUUAAGGAGCACUAUGACACCUGUGCUGGACGCUUCGAUGAUGCCGUCGACGACAUCGAGGGUGCGAAGAGUAACUUGGGGAAUGGUGACUAUAAUGGCGUCAACACUUAUGCUUCUGCAGCCAUGACGGAGGCCGAUGACUGUCUGGACAGCCUUACGAAGCCGCCAAAGGACUCGUCGGCGUUGUCUGGCGACGGAAAGAUUGUGGAAGAUAUUUGUAGCAUUAUCUUGGUCGUAUCCAAUCUUCUGAUUGGGGGUGCCUAA